UGCUGCAGAGUGGACUGUCUUUCUAAGCGCCUUGCCGACCGCAAGCUUCAUCUGGCUAGCCGCGCGUCGCGGGUUGCGUGAGCUGCUGUGAGGAAUUUGUGCACAACAGGGGGCAGGGCAUGGCGGAUCGCAUGCCGCUGCUGCGGCCACGGUUCGCCGCAGCGAGUGACGGUGUGGGGGCCCGCCUCACACUGCUCUUGGCCACGCUCAGCAUCAUAGACCUGCUGGGUGUGCUGCCCAUCAUCGUGCUGCCGAGGACCAUAGCUGAGUGUGGGUGGCUGGGUAUCCCUCUGACGCUGCUGGUGUUUACGCUGCAGAUCUACACGGCGCUGCUUCUGGGCCGCUGCUGGAUCAUCGCAGAAACUCUACAUCCAGAUAUCGUCUACGACAGCAGGUAUCCAUAUGCGGCGCUGGCUGAACUUUCCUACGGCCGCAAAUUUGGGAAGUUUGUGACCAUCCUGCUAGACCUCCAUAUCUUCGGCAACGCAGUACCUGAUCUGAUCGUGGCGGCAGAGAACCUGCAGCUGCUGGGCCUCAAGUCGUCCUCCUGGGAAUUCGACUUCUCCUUCUGCUACUGGACGAUCGUCCUGGGCAUCUGUCUCUGUCCCAUCACCUGGCUCGGCACACCCAGGGACACCAAAUGGGUGACGACACUAUCAGUGAUGCUGGUGGUGUCCUCUACGCUGCUGGUGUGGGCGUGUUUGGUCGCCAGCGGCGGCGAAUGGAGGCCCGUCCCACUCCCCGAUCCUGCCUGGGACUCUGUCGCUAUCGCAUACGGCGUUCUCGCCUUCCAGUUUGACGUACACCCACUUAUCCUUAGCGUGCAGAUGGAGAUGGACCGCAAGGAUCAUAUCGGGUAUGCCAUCCUCGGAGCAUUCUUUGUGACGGGCGGCCUGUCGCUGGCGACGACGGGCGUGGUGCUGGCGCGGUUCGGCGGCGCGGCGCGCGCCAACCUGCUGCAGGGGUUCGCGUCCAGCCCGCAGCUCUACCUGGCGCUGCUGCUCUCCACGGCGCAGCUCUGCCUGGCGCUCGUGCUGUCCGCCGCGCGCUGCUUCGGCGACAUCGAGGACAAGCUGGGCAUGCCACAAGGUUUCGGGUGGCAGCGCGCUCUGCUGCGCACGGCCCUCGUGGGGCUGGCAGUGCUGGCGGCGGAGGGCGUGCCGCGCUUCGACCUGCUGAUGGGGCUGGUGGGCGGCGCUCUGACGGGCCCGCUCAUGCUGCUGCUGCCGCCGCUCGUGUACGCGCGCCUGCGCACCCUGCAGGAUCAGGCGCGGCGCGUCCCGGCGCCCGACUACACCGCCACCGACGACAGCGUCGACGAGACGCUGCCGCCGAGUCUGCCACCUGUCGGCGCUGCCGAGAGCGGUCUGCUGCGAGCGACCGCGUGUCGCCUGCUGUCCCUGGAGGGAGCUUCGGAUGAGGGCCCUCUGUCUAUCUGGGAGACGCUGCUGGUCUCUUCCGUCGUCGUGGCGGGCAUCGCCGCGUCUCUGGCAGCCACCUACUUCAGCAUGCGAGACUCCAUCAACAUCGCCCCGUUCUCGCCGCCAUGUCUGCAGUAGCCGGUCGACCAGUGGGAUGGUCAGCGUCUUCCUUCCGGUGCCCUGUUGCUGGCAGAACACGUACCGUCUCUUCAUCCACUAUCUUCGACUGGCUCUCAACAAACAUCGCAUUUUCCAUAUGGUUCAUGCGUAAGCAGUCGGGAGGAAACGGUGUAACACUUCGUCGUGUUGCGUUCGCAACUGCAUCCUGGUCAAUUCAGCGAAGCACCUCACUUUGUUUUUGUCAGGGGCCGUACUCGAUCUGUAGCCAAGAGAUGCGAGCUUAUAGCGAGCAAUCAGCUACCACACCCACACUGGUCAGCUCCUAGUUCACGUCGAUCAUCUCACCUAUACUAUAAUUUUAUGUCCAUAAUCCUAUUAUACCCAAUAUAUGUCACUCUGGAGCAGAGUAUGAGCUGUUCCGUAACCUGCUGCGACAUUAAUGCUUUGUGAUGUACCAGUGUUUUACCUUUCACGUAUAUUUCUCUUACUAAUUGAGAUAUCCAGCCACGACGUACGACCUCCCUUCAUAGUUUCAGUUAUGUCACUACCACUCUCUUCAAGCCCUGCUAAAGCCUCUGUAAUUUGGC